AUGAAUCUUGAGGGAGGGGGCGCUGGUGUUUGCCCACCCGCGGAUCCGCGCGUGGGCGUGGGCGUGGGCAAGGGCUUGGCGAACAGCUGCGGUCAGGCGUCGCUGUCCCCUCGGGCUGCGCGGGUCGUGUUCGAGGACAUGAGUCACAAGUAUGCUACGUUGCGUCGGGCCCAACUCCAUCUGGAUUUCAUCCAUGCCAACUCCACAACCCACAGUUUCCUUUUUGGAGCUCUGGCUGAAUUGCUGGACAAUGCCAGAGAUUCAGGGGCUGCAAGACUUGAUGUGUUUUCAGUGGAUAAUGAAAAACUGCAGGGUGGAUUCAUGUUAUGCUUCCUGGAUGAUGGAUGUGGCAUGAGCCCUGAGGAAGCUUCAGACAUCAUUUACUUCGGCACAUCCAAGAAACGUUUAUCAACCUUGAAGUUCAUUGGACAAUAUGGCAAUGGUCUUAAAAGUGGGUCCAUGAGAAUUGGAAAAGACUUUAUUCUUUUUACGAAGAAGGAAGAAACGAUGACCUGUGUGUUUUUCUCUCAGACAUUUUGUGAAGGAGAAGGUCUUAGUGAGGUUGUAGUUCCAAUGCCUUCGUGGCUGACAAGAACCAGAGACUCUGUCACAGAUGAUCCACAAAAAUUCUCAACAGAAUUGUCUAUAAUUUAUAAAUACUCCCCAUUUAAAAAUGAAGCUGAAUUAAUGCAACAAUUUGAUGUGAUCUAUGGAAAAUGUGGUACUUUGCUGGUUAUUUAUAACUUGAAGCUGCUGCUUAGUGGAGAACCAGAAUUGGAUGUUAAAACUGACAAAGAAGAUAUACUGAUGGCUGGGGCUGAUGAGGAUUUUCCAGAGAGAUGGUCCUUCAGAGCCUACACAUCUGUUCUAUAUUUUGACCCCUGGAUGAGAAUAUUCAUUCAAGCCAAAAGAGUUCAAACAAAACACCUAUGUUAUUGCCUCUACCAACCUAGAAAGUAUCUGUAUGUCACGUGUUCUUUUAAAGGAACACUUAAAAAUGAAGUAAAAAAGGCAGAAGAAGCAGUAAAGAUCGCUGAACUUUCACUGAAAGAAGCACAAAUCAAAGUAAACCAGCCCGACAUAACUUCUUCAUCCUCUGCCAAGGAUAUAUUACAGAAAGCUUUGGAAGAUGUAGAAGCCAAGCGUAAGAAUCUUAAAGAGAAACAGAGAGAAUUAAAAAAAGCAAGAACGCUCUUCCUGUUCUUUGGAGUGAACAUAGAAAACCGAAGCCGAGCUGGCAUGUUCAUUUACAGUAAUAACCGUUUGAUCAAAAUGCAUGAGAAAGUGGGGCCACAGUUGAAACUGAAGUCCUUACUUGGUGCAGGCGUAGUUGGAAUUGUUAACAUACCCUUGGAGAUCAUGGAACCAUCCCACAAUAAACAAGAAUUUCUCAAUGUCCAAGAGUAUAAUCAUCUACUGAAAGUCAUGGGACAGUACUUGGUUCAGUACUGUAAGGACACUGGGCUCAGUAACAGAAAUCUAACAUCAUUUUGGAAUGAAUUUGGAUACCAACGUAGCAAGGACAUGGAGACAUCUUUAGAUUCUCUUCAAUAUCAAAGAAGACAAGCCAUGGCCAUCCCAUUCAUGGUACAGUGUGAUCUUUGCCUUAAAUGGAGAGUCUUGCCUUCCUCUAUGAAUUAUCAGGAAAAAGAAUUUCAUGACAUGUGGAUUUGUGCUAAUAAUCCUAACCUCUUGGAAAACAGUUGUCGGCAGGUAGAACGUCUGCCUUGCAUCCCCCUGGGCACCAUGAGCACAGUAUUACCAUCAAAAAAUGAGAAAGAGAAGCAACUUAGAGAGUCGGUCCUAAGGUAUCAAAAUAAACUGGCAGAACAGCAGUCACAGCUUAGAUUUAUACCAGCGAGUAGGAUUGCUGAGUUCACUCCCACCUGCCUUACUUCAACACUUAAGGAAAAUACCAAGACUCAGAAAAUCAGACCUUCAGGUGUUGAUUUGAAGCAUGAAUCUCUUUCACCCAUUGAGCUUUCAGUCGGACAAAGAAGCCAAAAAAGAAACACAGAACAAACAGACUGUGAUGUGGAGUAUGUUUCGGAUUAUAAAACUAUGAAAAGGUCUGUGCCAAAGAAGAUGAAACCCCUACUGCAGAGACAUACGGUGCCAGAAAACAUCCAACUAGCUGAGCCAUCUCAGAAAAGUCAGGUUGUUAAUAUCAGCACAAUGUCUGGAGAACUCAGCCAAGUGGAGGCCCCCAAAGAAUGCCUGGGUGGGCAAAGGAUUGCCUCUUCCAGGGAAAUGAAAAGGAAACAGAGUCUCAACCUCACACAGGAAUGUAAGGUGUUGAGUGAAAUUCAAACCAGCGACAGUGAUCCAGAUAUAAUCCUGGUUUUAGAUAAAAGCAGCCCUGAUGUUUCAUUGAAACAAGAACAAAAGGAAGUUCCACUCAUAAACGAAGAAAAACAGGAGCUGUGCAGUGAUACUCCAGCCAUAAAAAGAAACUCUUCAUUUCCUAACCAGGAAAGCUCUUCCUGUGUGACAAUGGAAGAUUUAAAUCCAAUUUCUGGACACGAAGCCAAAGUUUCUGUGAGUGAUGGUUGUAAAGUUGCAUCUUCACUGGUGACAUCUUCUCAAAGCACAAUUGUCAAGGAAACGGCAAGAAAACUGAUGUCAAAUUUAAGGGAGGUCCUUCUGUAUUUUUUCCCUGAGUAUCAGCUACCAUCAGUAUUUGACUGCACAUCUGCAGAAGAACUCAGAGCAAGUUCUGAGCUGGAUCAAUGCCCAGAGCAGACGAACAAAAAGCUGAAAAUAUGUUUCAACCAGAGAAGACUGUCAGGAGUCUGCCCAGGAAACGUGAGUAAACUCUUAGCUGCUUUCCCUGGUGUGAGUAUCGCUUCUCUCUUCCAGGGUGGUCCAGCAGAAGACCUGGAGCAGAUUGACGUUUAUUUAGAAGCUUUGCUGAAAGAAGAUAAUCUCCUUUCUAGACCCCUUAAACAAAGUGUCGCAGGGCAUGGUCUCCCUUUAGAGAGCAAUGGAAGCACUUCUCAAAACUAAAAGUCAGAAAAGGUAUUCCCUUUCACAGAAUGCUAAUAAGAAAAUUGGAAGAUUUUUUAAAAAUUCCUUUCUUUAAUGUUAUUGUAAAUUAUUUUACCUAACAACUUUAAAGAAUUGUAUACUUUACAGAUGGAGACUGAUUUGCAAUUUAUAAAUUUGCCAGUCCUAUUUCUUAUUUUUUCUUGUUCUCUUGGAAAUAAUUUUUAGAGUUCUCUAAUCUUCAUGCAAGCUACGAAGACAUAUGAAAAUGUCACUUAAGUUAAAUUUUGCUUUUACUAAGAUAAUUGUAAAAGCUCGAAAACAGUGGAUUUCAAAAUCAGUAUACAAAGGACUGUAGAAUCUUGUUCUCUUGAAAUGUGUGUUGAAAGACAUUGUACCUUUUCUCCACUGCAGCCAAUCCUCAGGAAAGCAGAAAGUAUAAAUCCUCCAAAACACCUUUGAGUUAAAGUUUAUAUGAUUGUUUUACAAUUUAAUUAUAGUUAAAUAAUAAAUCUCUUAAAUGAUAAAUCUCUUAGGCAGAACAUAUAUAUAACAGAUGUUAAGAAUUGUAUUUUUAUAUUUAGACACAUGUAAGAAACUGUUUUAACACUUUCCUUAAUAACUGAUUACGUUGUAUGUUCAGAAAUGUCUUCAGCUUUGAACAAAACCAAUAAAAGCAUUAAGACUCA